UCGCGUCGCGAAACAUGGCACUCGGACUUGGCCAGGAAGAUGGCUGCCGCGUGUUACGAAAGAGCGGACGAUUUCUCGCGGGGUAAGCCGCUUCCCGACCGUCCAGAAAGCCACCGCGUCGCCGUACGUCCUCUCAGUCACGCUCGGUGGCGGCCGCCGACGCGAUGGUAUACAACAUUGAGUGGAUCAUUCCGAAACUGCGGAACCCCUCGAGGCUCUGGAACAUCGCCAGCAGCAUAACCUUCGCGGCGGUGGGCAUUUUCUCGAAAAUCAUCAUAGAAUGGCUGAACAAAACGACGGUGUACAACAAGCACGUUAUCGUGCGCGCCUUAGAUGUCCGGCCGAAAGACGUUCCGCUCAUUACCGUGUCGAAUCAUCACAGUUGCUUCGACGAUCCCGGCAUAUGGGCGUCACUAGACUUCUGGCACGGGAUCAAUCGACGUAAGAUGCGAUGGUCACUCGCCGCACAGGACAUUUGUUUCACGAAUGUCUGGCAUUCCUACUUUUUUAUGCUUGGCAAGUGUAUACCUAUCGUUAGAGGCGACGGCGUGUAUCAGGAAGCCAUGGACUUCUGCAUCGAAAAGUUGGCCUGUGGCGAGUGGGUACACGUCUUCCCUGAAGGAAAAGUGAACAUGCUCAAGGAAGACAUGAGGUUGAAAUGGGGCGUGGGCAGAUUAAUACUAGAAUCGCCCGUCACGCCUAUUGUAAUUCCUAUCUGCCACCUCGGUAUGGAUCAAGUACUUCCCAACGAGCCGCCGUACAUGUUAAAAACGGGGAAGAAAGUUACUUUGAAUUACGGCGAGCCCAUAGACUUUAGCGGAUUGUUGGCCGAAUUGCGGGCGUCAAAAGCGAGCGAGGUGGAAGCGCGGAAAGCGAUAACCGAUCACAUUCAGGAGGAACUUCAAAGAUUGAAAGCAGCAACGGAAAAACUUCAUACCAACUUAUGACGAAGAUGAUCCUUCUACGUCAUCUCUCCGUCUCUAGCCUUAAUUUGCCAAAUAUAUAAAAAGAAAUAAUCAAUCACGUGAAACGUGAGAUGCGUAUAAUAAGUUAGUUUUCUUUUUUUUAAAGUAUACACUCAUAUUGUGUAAUUAUAUUUGUGACAAUAUCGGUUAACGUAAGCAACUGUUGUAUAGAAAGUCGCUGUACGCUAUGAAGUUUUCAUCGUCUCUAAUUAUUUCUAACAAACUCUCCGAGAAACUACUUGAUGUGCGUAUAUAUAUUCGUGUGUGUAUCGAAGUUACAUAUUUUCUCGCAGUUAUGCGCGUUGAGAAUGUGAUAUUGACGAAAAUCUUGACAGAAAUCUUAUAGGUACAAGUGAGAUUUAAUUAUAUUUAGAUUAUAUUUGAUUAUAUAUUUAAUUUUAAGUAGUUUCUCAACAAAAAAAACUGCAUAUUUUAAGUUUAUUUAGCUCUUAAAACUGUGUAAAAUUUAAUUUUAUCCGAUUCAUUAUUAAGAUAUUUUAGAGAUUGCACGUUACUAUCAGUGAUAAUGACCAAGCAAAUAUUUUCUAAACAAAAAGUUGACUGCAAUCUCGCCAAAAAUGCGAAGAGAAUGCACAAAAAUUGUGAUACACUCUACAUAUAUAUUCAUCGUCGAGAGUCACAUGUUUCUCAUGGAGGGAUACACCGCGUCUCUUGUAAAAUAAUUUAUAAAUAUACAUGUUACGGUGUAAAAGUGAUCAAUCGAAUGUUUUUUUUUUUUGGAAUGACCAAUGUGCACAACAUAUAGGAUAUUGACAAUCCUACAUAUGCAGAAACAUAAUCAAUGCGCUGUGACCACUUUCACCGUAACAUAUAAAUUAUACAUGUACAUAGCACAGAUAUUAAUGGUAGCUGACAUAUGUGGUCCUUUUAUGAUUGUCAAUAAAAGUUUUUAUAGUACAAGCGGAGAUUACGUAAUACAACUGAAGUUUAAAGUGAAUAUAUAAAAGCCGUGCCAGUACCUCAUUAAUUAUUCUAUUUUCGAAGUCAAUUUAAGGUCACUACAGUGCGGAUAUAUAGCACACUUGGCCAUUCAUUAUCUACUCUGUGCUUUCGUUUACGAGCACCGUGCCAAUUAAAAAAUUUUUACUUAUUUUAACCGAAGAACGCGUAGUGGACGAUUGCAGAUUUGAUAUAAGCAAGCACUAACGUACAGCGUGUCUUAUGUAUUAUAAUUAGGAUGUUUGUGCACUGUUUCUACAAUGAUACGAUGUGUGAAUUUACAUAUAAAGUAUCGCAUGAGAAGCAUAUUUUAGCGAGUAAAGCACAGACGAAAAAGAAAACAUUAUUUCAUUUGUAAAUAUUCGUAACGAAAACGACACGACAUCGUUGGCCAAUUACGUGAUUCAUUUUUCUCUUUUUGAAUAUUUAUUGCAAUUAUUUAGGGGCCCUAAAGAACUGUCACGAUGACAAUCGCGUAUUUACACGCGUUCCCAUACUCGCACGUGUAUGUUAAUACAUAUACUUUUAUACUGUACGUAUAAUACAUGAACUGCUAUCAAAAUUUUGGGCUACCUGAACGUGAUAUAUAAAUUUGUAUAUGUAUUAUAUACUUUUGUUGGAUAUAUUAUUAAGUAUUAAAAUAGCGUCUCUCUUUCAUGAAAUAAAAUUUGUCUUGUUUGUUUGAUUGCUGUCUCGAUGUUUCUCUUAUUAUCAAUAAACGCAAAAUUUGUUCCCUUCUCUAGAAUAAGGUCCUUGUACAGUUUCUGCAUGCUAUAUACACUAAUUGUAUUGUACAAAUACAUAAGCCAUUAUGUGAGCCUCUCUACAAGGCGAAAUCUAAAAUAACGCAUCGGAAACCUGCUAUUCUCAAAGGACUCUAAGAGUUUGGUAUGUUCAUUGGUUCUAAAAUUUUUAUUACUACGUGCAUAAACAGAAUUUAUAAUAAUAAAAGAAUAGUACUUUUGUUGUCGGUAAAUGCUAAUUCUGUAUCUAUCAUUCGGGCCUGUUAGAUCGAUAUCAACAAUUUUAAAUAAUUUUACGUGUGAACACACAUCACAGAUAAUAAUAGAUUCUGACAAUAUAACAUGGUGUUGUCAUGUGUAUGUCUCAAAUUUUGUUUAAUAUAAAAUAUUUCAUGAUAUAAUAUUUUUACUUAUUUUUUCCUUUUCAUUUAAUUUUUUUUUUUUACUUAGAUAUGCGAGCAAAUUUUUAGAAACGAAUAUCAUUAAUACGGUGAACCCGAACGGCAGAUUACGAUCGAACGGUCAAUAUUCUAUUUCCAUUUUAUCAUUAAUACACGUUUUUUGUCGUUAUGAUAUACACCAGACGGUCAUAUUCGACGAGAAUAAUGUCACACUGUUGUCAUAUACAUACCUAAGACAGUGGUAAGUGUAUUAAAACGUGUAAUUAUGUUACAAUUAUCGUUAUAGCAUCCACAGACAAACGUUAUAUGAGACAUGUACUUGAUUGUGUUCUCUCGACAUAUAGAAAUAGAUCACACUAUAGCCUACCGGUGUCAUAUUAUCUGUCAAUACGAAGAUCGUAUAUCCCUUGGCACGUUUUUAAUUCGUAAGACUGAACAGUCCGGUUUUACGAGCGAUACAAAAGCGGCGUACGAUCCUCGCAUUGUGCCGCGCGAACACGAACGAGAACUAUAUAUGCGCGUUCAUAUAUUUAUAUAUUUAUAUAUAUAUAUAUAUAUAUAUAUAUUAUGUAUAUAUCAUAAACUUUGUAUAGACAGAACAGUAGAUAUAAGUAUAACGAGAGAAAAUUCAUUUAAUAUGCAUACGUAGUACUAUCACUCCAUUGUAUAUCACUUUUUUUCUUUAUUUUUUUUUAUAUUCAAACAAAUUUAAUAUUUACAUGAAAGGAAAAAAAAAGUAAACGAGCCAGGCGCGACUAAUAAUAAUAAUAAUAAUAAUAAUAAUAAUAAGUUAUAAAUCGAUCGCGAAACUUGGCUCGUAUUUCAACCAGAUACAUAUAAUCAGAUCUAAUAAAAUUCUAUGGUGCUAUAUAGAUUGGUUGUGCAAGACCGAGAUAUGUGUUGGACUAGAAAAACGUGAUUUCUCUCGAAGUAUUACACGCGCUUGAUUUUAAUCUGUCGUGAU